AUGUCAUCUCUCAGCAACAACUCCUUCACUCAGCCCUCCGAAUUCCACCUCAUGUGCCUCCCUGGGGCCCAGAGCCAUCAGCUCGGGCUCUCCUUGGUUCUGGCCCUGCUCUUCAUCGUGGCCCUGGGGGCCAACACUUUGCUCCUGCUGACUGUCCGGCUGGAGGAGUCUCUGCACCAGCCCGUGUACUACCUUCUCAGCCUCCUCUCCCUCUUGGACCUUGUUCUCUGUCUGACUGUCAUCCCCAAGGUCUUGGCCAUCUUCUGGUUGGGUUGGUGGUCUAUCAGCUUUGCAGGCUGCUUCUUGCAGAUGCUCAUCGUAAACAGCUUUCUGGCCAUGGAGUCCUGUACCUUCUUGGUCAUGGCCUAUGACCGUUAUGUGGCCAUCUGCCACCCGCUGCGGUACCCGUCCAUCGUCACUGACCACUUUGUGGCUAAGGCGGCCAUCUUCAUCGUGGCUCGCAACUUCCUGCUCCUGCUGCCUAUUCCCAUCCUCUCUGCCCGGCUACACUACUGUGGGAACACCACCAUUAGGAACUGUUUGUGUGGCAACCUGUCUGUGUCACAGCUCUCUUGUGAAAAUAUUACCCUCAACCAACUCUACCAGUUUGUGGUGGGCUGGACCCUGCUGGGCUCAGACCUGAUCCUCAUUGCCCUCUCCUAUGCCUUCAUCCUUCGUGCCGUGCUGCGUCUGAAGGCUGAGGGGGCAGCGGCCAAGGCCCUGAGCACCUGCGGGUCCCAUCUCAUCCUCAUCCUCUUCUUCAGCACCGUCUUGCUGGUCCUGGUCCUCACCAAUGUGGUCAAGAAGAGAGUCCAUGCCGACAUCCCCGUCCUCCUCAAUGUCCUGCACUACGUCAUCCCUGCUGCCCUGAACCCUAUCGUCUAUGGGGUGCGGACUAAAGACAUCCAGGAGGGGAUCCACAGGGUCUUGAGGAAGGCUAGGGGCUUAGAGGGUAGGGAACUCACCCCUUGCUAG